AUGGCUGCUAAAAUCAUUCUACUGCUCCUAAGCAUUUCCGUUUUCUACACCAUUUUUCACUUUGCCGAAAUCAAUGGCGCGCAUAGAUUGGCUCUGGAUGCGAUUGCAGCUAAGAGACUGCCAGGCACAGAUGAGCCGUUGAGAACCGUCUACACUGGGUUAGAGGGUGUCGAUAGGCUGCUUACAGUAUUGACUACGUUUUUCUGGCCCACGACAGAUGGAACUCAUCCGGGUCUCACGCUACAUUCCAUUGGAUUUUCCGGAACAUUUGGCUCAGCUUGGGUGUUGGUGACCUUGGAAUCAUGGAGAAGAGGAAACCAGUGGACGUUUGCUGCCUUCCCUACAAUCUUCGGCCUCAUAGCCCAAGUCCUUACAUUCGCCUUUGCAACACCACUGUACUGUCUCGUUCAACUCAUGACUUCAGCCACGGCGCGCAAACCCACGGUGGAGACCAUCCGAGCUCCUCGCGCCGUGCUGAACGCGCUCCCAUUUGUCUUCAUAGUCGGAUACAUGGUGCCCUCAACGCUCAUGAUCCUUCCGCUGUCAGAGACCAUCACGACAGAUCUCAAGCAAAUCUUUAUCGCCAUCUGGCAACCCUGGCCCGCAUACGUGGCGGUUCUCUCAACCCUAGUGCAUUUCGUCUUCACUCCCUUCAUCGCCGACGACCGGUCUACUGACGGGGGACGGGCAACAUUACGUGCCUUUAGACGGGUGUAUGCAUUCGCAUUCGCGAAUACCGCCAUCACGCAUCUGAUCUCCUGGAUUGUGACGCUUGCUACUGUGGUAGCUCCCGCCAUUAUUGAUGAAAAUCUGAGAGAAUCACUUCAUCCGCUGAAGGUAUAUGAUAUCCCGCUGCCGUGGGGAUCGCCGCUCCUGCAGGUCGAAACCCUCGGGCAGGGUGUCCAUGCGUUCCUGCAAUGGGAUUAUUUGAUUGGCUCUGCGGGAGUGCUAGUCUGGGCGAUUAGUAUGUAUAAAGCUGCCCAUCUCGCGGUCUACAGUCGGGUUGGAUGGUUUGGCUUGGUGGUGAAGACGGUGCUGUUGGGCGUGUUUACAGGCCCGGUCGGUGCGGCUGUGGAGCUCAUGUGGGAGAGAGAUGAGCUUGUCUUUAGUGAAAUGGGUGGAGUGAAGAGGGAGGUGUCGAAGCAGAAGAAGUCUUCGUGA